CCGAACACACCGUUCUCUUUGUCUUCACCAGCUACACCGCUGUACGACUCAACCGAAUCAAUCUCAACCUCCGCUUCGGCGCUGCUUCCUUUACCGGUGUUCACGCUUCCACUUCGACCGGUCUGAAAUCGACUUCGAUUUCCAAACAGGUAAGUCACUCUUUCGAUUCUUCUUCACCGAUGAAUCUGAUUGACUUUAGUCCCCCUUUUUUAAAUCUGAGCUUCCAAAAACUCUGAUUAACCUCCCAUCUUUCUUCUUUGCUGUAUGUGAGCAUCUCCCUGAAGAAAUAUGAGAACACAACAUACUAUCAUGUCGCAUCGGGUAAGAUUCUUAUUACCAGAACCGCAUUUCUUCUUUUUCAAAUUCUUUUACCAGAAUAGUCAUAAGAGAAUCCCUCGUUGGUUGCCUUUUGAGAAACUAACACUGUUUCCCUUUUGUGUUUCCGCGAGAUGAUCCAACCAACACGACCACCUCACGGCGCACCUCUGCUCGAUCAAGUGGUGACCUGUAGACGAUCGAGACACCUCUCAAACGCCUUGCCAGUCAAUGGCUUGGUUUCAGAAGCUGAUUCAUCGACUUCCUUUCCUUUAACUGGUGUUGGGCUCUCACCUCUCAGCAGAUGCAAGAGAAACCUUUCCGAGAUAGAUAAGAAUCUUCCAACAGUCAGUCAAAUAAUUUCUGUCACCCAACCUUGUCCUAGAACCUUUGACACCUGAUCACAACGCACCUGAUUACUCGACCGUAAUCUACCUUGCGUCUGAGUCCUGACGCUCUGAUACCACUUGUAAAGAUUUUUGUGUGAUCUUUAUAAGUCCCAGUUAUGAUCUAGAUUCAAAUUUAGGUUGAUCUUCUACUUAGUUUGUUUGCAGAAUUUAUGAACUAAGAGACACACGGAUUUGUUGAUCCAGUUCCCGUUAGCUCUAACCAGCACGACAAGAGUAAGACUUUAUACCAAGCUUUACCUGAACCAAACCUCCUUUGGUUCACGCAAAAGAAGACCCGAAGCUUCACCACCCAGGUCUACUCGUAGAGAUCCCUCGUGUUUACGACUAUAUAACCGAGGUUCUCGAGGCCUCAAACUUAACAUUUCCUUUCAAAGGCCCUUCUUUCGGGGGCCUCGACAUGUUGAUCACCGUUGAUCCGGCUAAUAUUCAUCACAUCAUGAGCUCAAACUUUGCAAAUUACCCGAAAGGAUCCGAGUUCAAGAAGAUAUUCGAUGUUUUGGGAGAUGGGAUUUUCAACGCGGAUUCUGAUUUAUGGAAGGAUCUGAGGAAAUCAGCUCAAAGCAUGAUGAGUCAUCAGGAGUUUCAAAGGUUUACACUAAGAACAAGCAUGAGUAAGCUAGAGAAAGGACUUGUCCCACUUCUUGAUCACGUUGCUGAGAAGAAACUAGUCGUUGACUUACAAGAUGUGUUCCAAAGAUUCACAUUCGACACUACGUUUGUUUUAGCGACGGGGAUAGAUCCAGGUUGUCUCUCCAUUGAAAUGCCGGAAAUCGAGUUUGCUAGAGCUUUAGACGAAGCAGAGGAAGCGCUUUUCUUCAGGCAUGUCAAGCCCGAGAUGGUUUGGAAGAUGCAAAGAUUGAUUGGAUUUGGAGAUGAGUUGAAGAUGAAAAGAGCUCACUCUACUUUCGAUCGAGUUUGCUCUAAGUGCAUAGCUUCUAAGAGAGAUGAAGUAAGCCGUGGCCUUAUUAACAUCGACUCUUCUUCUAAAGAUUUGUUGAUGUCUUACAUGGAUGUGGAUACCACCAAGUACAAGUUGUUGAAUCCGAGUGAUGAAAAAUUCCUCAGAGACAUGAUUUUAAGCUUCAUGAUAGCUGGUAGAGACACCACGGGCUCUGCUCUCACUUGGUUCUUCUGGCUUCUUUCAAAGAACCCACAAGCAACGGCCAAGAUUCGUCAAGAAAUCAACACAAAGCUAUCUCCAAGAACCAAUGAUGGUUCUGAAAUUGAUUCAUUCAAUCACCAAGAGUUAAGCAAGUUGGUAUAUUUGCAUGGCGCGUUGUAUGAAGCCCUCAGGCUAUAUCCACCAGUUCCUUUUCAGCACAAGUCUCCAACAAAACCGGACGUUCUUCCAAGCGGACACAGAGUCGAUGCGAGUUCGAAGAUUGUGUUCUGUCUUUACUCAUUAGGGAGAAUGAAAACGGUUUGGGGAGAAGAUGCAGCGGAAUUUAAACCGGAGAGAUGGAUUUCAGAGAGUGGAAGGUCGAUACAUGUGCCAUCUUUUAAGUUCUUAUCAUUUAACGCCGGUCCAAGGACUUGUUUAGGGAAAGAUGUGGCUAUGACGCAGAUGAAGACAGUGGCCGUGAAAAUCAUACAAAACUAUGAGAUAAAGGUCGUUGAAGGGCACAAGAUUGAGCCAGUUCCUUCUGUUAUACUUCACAUGAAGCAGGGUCUUAAAGUCAUGGUCACUAAGAGAUGUAAUUUAGACUGAAUGUUAUGCAAAAAUUUAUAAAUAUAAGCUUGGAAAUAAUGAUUAGAACUUGUGACAAAAGAAAAAAAAAUAGAACUCGUGACAACUAUUGUGACACGUUAUCAGAAGAAGUAUUGUGAGAUAUUCUGUUACAAAAAAAAAGUAU